GUGGUCUUGUCUUGUCUUGUCUUGUCUUGCUUGUCUUACAUGCACACAAGAGGAACCGCAAACCUAAUUAAUUAAAGCAUACUCUCACUUCUUUCUCAUCACAUGAUAACACCAACUCUCCUGUUAUCACCUGUGAACUUGCAAAUCACAUACACCCUUGAUGGCCAUUUAUUACGUGGCUUCUGCUGCUGAUUGUUGUAAUGGCGUACAAUGCCAUCGCCCAAGUUGAUGACAUUCACGAUGCUGCAUCCCUCUCUAGCGAUUCUGACGCCUCACACCCCGUUGAGGUGCAGAGUGCACACAUUGACGCAGACCACGCAGACCACGCAGCCCCUGCAGCCUCCCUCCUCAGCAGCACCCUCAGCCACCUCAAACAAUCCCGCAGUUACGACAUAGUUGAAGAUGAUGAUUAUGAAGAGGAACACGUUGUCGAUCCCACGUCGGCGACGACUAAUGAUCAUCCUAGCAAGAUCGCGCCGGCAACCGCGCCCGAACAACAAGCUUCGAUAGUCCGCUACUCCAAUGCUGAGCCCACAUCGCCAGAACCGCGCUUGCGCUCCUCGAGUGGCUCCUCUUCAUUUGUCCUGCGUCAUCCGACUCCCGAUCUACAAUCGUUGCAGGGUGCUUAUGUUGGGAACAUCGAGAGGCUCGAGAAGAGCGCAGAGCGUCUCAGUUUGACCUCGUCGGACCUCGGCGUUGAGCUCCGCAAGCUGGAUUUGGAACAGAAACAACGCUCCCUAACCUCCUCGACGCAACAGGGACCAGAGUCUCCAUUGCGCCAGUUCUCGUCCGGCUCCAUGUCGAAUUCCAUCAUUGGCGUGAACAAUGCCGCUCGCUCAGGUGGUUAUUCUCCCGGUGGUUUUCUCUCCUCACCCAGGGGAUCGAUUCUGUCGGGUCCGCGUUUUCGAUCGACGUCCGUUUCAUCGCCGUUGCAGGAUAUCCACGAGCCAAAGCAGGAUGAAGACUCGGUACAACCAAGUGAUGAUAGUCUACUCGCCCGUGAACUGCUCGGUGAACUCCCUCAGCCUUCACCUCUCGACCCUGGAGUCGAAUUACAACACACCCAUCUCCCGGAUCUGUCUCUAGGCAUUCUCGAAAGACCGUUGACAGCUCAUUCAACUGACACAUACCAACAAGCUACCGAUCUCUUUUUGGACUUCGAUGGUGUCCAUUAUGUACCGCACCCCAAGGAGCCCAGCCUGUCGCACCAGGUUUCCUUGAAUCGCACUCCUGUGGCUACGACUGCAGAACAUCACGAGAAACCUCGGGGUGGACAGGACAUGAUAUACUAUCCGGCUCCGAUUCCAAAGGUCCUUAAUCUUCCUCAACGCCUUUCCAAGCGACCUGUGGGACCUGACCAAGAGAAACGUCGCACCCAGUUGCUGAGCAGUGCUCUGAACGCAGCCAAGGAUGGUGUUGAAGGAAUGCAUAAUGCACCAGGCAAAAGGCUCUCUGCUAUUCCUCCACAACUACGAGCCAGCGUCUUUUUCGAUCAGCCAUCCACUCCUCUGAAUGUCAAAAUCAAGAACAAAUCUGCUGUGGAUACCCUGGAUAGCAUUCUCGAUGCCUCCGCGCAUGCCCCUGUAACUGCAUUUACAGACCAUCCCAUUGUCGGCAGCGCAGGAAGAGAGGUAUAUGCAACGAAAAAACGGGAUCGGUCGUCGCGAAUGCUAGCCGAUCAGGGGGAUGGCCAUAGAUCAAGGAGCUCUAUCGGACUUCGCGAUAGCACGCUAAACCUGGCUGCUGAACCUUCGCCUGGUCUACCGCACUCCGAUACAGAGAUAGCUGAGGACAAACCUUUGCAUGAUACGCAUGGCAUGUAUGACACCCAUUCGCAUAGUAGUCACUCCCGCUCCCAUUCAUCCGAUAUCUCCACCGGCGAAUCAUACAGUGAAGGGGAAGAGAGCGUCGACGAGGUGGAAGAGUGGGAAAACGAGGAACUCAACGAACAAGUUUUGUCCGGACGCCCAACAACCCUUCUAGCCGAGUUGGAAAUCAGAAAACACGAACAGAAACAGCGAAACCGAACUGCUGCGACUGCUUUCCCCAACGGCAUGCACUCAACACUUCUGCAGCUUGAUGCUGUCGCGCAGGCACAAAGUAACAAACGACGACAAAAACAUGUGACCUUGGCUUGGGAAGCUGAAGCUAUUCACGAUUCCGACGAGGCCGAUGACGAAGACGUUCCCCUGGGUGUAUUAUACGGUAGCAAACAUCCUGCCUUGGAGGAACGGCCUCUUGGCCUUAUGGAGCGCCGGGAGCUUGAAGAAAACGAGCCGCUGAGUAAACGACGAGCCCGGCUACGUGGCGAGGCGCCUCCUGAAGUGAUGCCUCAUGGACGCUCCAGCGUUAUGCUUCGUGUACCGCCGGGUGGACAAGCCGAAUCUGAUAGUGGUAAUGAUGAAGAAACUCUCGCUCAACGAAUACAGCGUCUCAAAGCAGAAAACAGGGACAAAUCGAAAAGCAUCAUCUCUGUGGAAUUCGAAAAUGAAAUUAUGGCUGAGCUUGGAAAAUUGCAUGAGCCUGUUGCGCCUGAACCUGCUUCAGAAAAGCAGCCAGCAUCUCAACCUCGAGAAUCAGCCCCAGCUGAAGAAGAGGAGACUCUUGGGCAGCGCAGAAAACGUCUACAGGCAGAAGCCAAGAUACGAAAGUCUCAGAGCACCACCGACAUCAACAAUCGCAGAAGCAUGGCGGAUAUUCUUCAUGCAUAUCCAAGUGCAGGUGCCGGUGGAGGCAUGUCUUCGCUUGAUCAAACACACGCCUACCAAAACUCCUGGGACCCGAGAAUGGCAUAUCAACAAAACCGAUCAUCUACCACAUACACUCUUCCACCCAGCAUGAUGUAUCACCCUGGCCUUGGACAAGUGUCUGGCUAUGGCGGUGUACCAGGCCAUGAUCCUCAACUACCUUACGGAGCGUACGCCUUGGGCAUGCCAUAUCCCCAGAAUGCCAACAUGCUUCCAUCGGUUAUCGAUCCUAGGCAACGGGAGGUCAUUGACCGAUGGCGGCAGAGCAUCAUGAGAUAGGUUCAGUUCCAGUUUCUUCUACGCAGUCACAAUAUUUUCCGUUUCAUUGGGCGUCUUAGCGAUAUGCAUAAGCAUUCAUACAUAGGCGGUGUUGGCCUGAACUUCUUUUAUUUGGGGCUGUUGUUGGUGUUGCAUUUAGCAAGUCUUUUGUGUCAGUGUAUCAGCAAGGAAGCAAUCCCGAAUAUUCAGUUUUAAUAUAUUACAAUGUUUUGAAGCAGGCUAUCAAUAUCAAUUCAAUUUGACCCUUGUACCACAAAAACAUAAUAU